AUGUCUGUUCUGAGUUAUUCUGGGGUUUGCAGUGUCACGCCCUGCAGAACUCACUGUUACAUCCCUGUGACUUCUUCUGUUGCUCUCUGCUCCAGUGAUGUAAAUCCUGACUUUGGAAUAUGCUUACCCAGUCGCUACCAAGGAAAUCUCUGGCUCCUGGAUAACUGCCAAGAGUCCUACAGUGAAGCCCUCACCUAUGAAUCUCCAAGCUGUGAACUCAAGACCUGCACUACAAGUUGCGAACCUUCAAACGUCUGUGUGCCUUGCAACUCCCCAUCAUUGAGUAAUAUACGUAGUUCCUGUGAAACUACUAACAUCAAAUCCAGCCCCAGCUGCUGCCCAUGCCCUCAAACGAAGGGGUAUGUAUCCAAUUGCUACACACCAACCAGAUAUGCAUCUAAAAUCUAUCAUAACUAUUGCAAUGACUCUAAUUGCUUUGCACAACUUAACUGCUUAUCCAAAAGUCACCGACCCAUAAGCUACUGCCGCCUAGGAAGCUUUGGGUAUCGAAGCUUCAAAAAUCUUGGCUUCUCACCAUCAUGUUAUAUUGCUAGAAACUGCCAACCACAAAGUUAUUUAACAAGAAAUUGCCAAUAUCUGAGUUCCAGUCCUAUAAGCUUCCGAUCACUGAGCUACUUACCUAGAAACUACAGGUCUCUAAGCUGUAUACCCAGUACCUUUCCACCUCUGAGGUAUUUGUGCAGUAGUACUAGAUCUUGGAGUUGCUAUUAA